UGGUAGUCCAGGAGCCAUGGAGGAGGGGUGAGAAGUGCUCUCACUGGGGGAUGGGCGGCUGUGAGGAGCAGGAGGGGGGAGCAGUGGUGUAGGUGCUGGUUGGAGGCGGACAACAGCAGCCACGUCUCUCUGCUCCAUCCAGCAUGCAGAACUACGUCAGGCAUGUGGAGCUGCUCGGCUUUGAAAAGCGCUUCUUCCCAAGUCAGCACUAUGUCUACAUGCUGAUUAUAAAAUGGAGCGACCUCUCUGAGAAGCUGAUCUACAGGACAUAUCCUGAGAUCCACACCUUCCAUAAAACCCUGAAGGAGAUGUUUCCCAUCGAGGCUGGUCAAAUCGAGAAGAAAGACAGAAUCAUCCCUUCAUUACCUGCUCCCAGGUGGGUGGACAGCCAAAAGUCCACAGAGACAAGGCAGAGCACCCUGGCAGAGUACUGCCAUUCUCUCAUCAACCUGCCACCUCACAUCUCGCGUUGCACGCUGGUCUGCAGCUUCUUCAAGGUCCGACCGGAGGAUGAAAACCCACCUGCCCCAAACCCACUGAAGCGAAAUGAGACUUUUGUGGUGUCCAGGGAUAAGUCCAGAGGCAAUGCAUCUGAGAUUUCUGGUCCCAUCAUACUGGACAGCUACAGGGUGAUCGCCGACUUCAGCAAGACUUCCAAACAUGAGAUCAAUCUGCACACCGGGGAUCUGGUGGAAAUUGUGGAGAAAAGCCCCAAUGGUUGGUGGUUCUGCCAGUGUGAGUCAAAACGAGGCUGGGUUCCCGCCUCCUACCUGGAGCCUCUGGACGGACCAGAGGAGGCUGAGGAUGCUGAGCCCGACUAUGCAGGAGAGCUGUACAUCACCAUCAAGGCCUACAAGGCAGCACAGGACGAUGAGAUGAGUCUGGAGACGGGGGUAACCAUCGAGGUCAUUCACAAGCUGCUGGAUGGCUGGUGGGUCAUCAGGAAAGGAGAGCAGACCGGCUAUUUCCCCUCCAUGUUUCUGCAGAGGGCUGGCAAGAGAGACAUACCUGAGCCAGAGAGAAGCGGCCCGCAGAGACAGACACCGCCGCCUCGCCGCUCCACCAUCCGAAAUGCCCAGAGCAUCCACAACAGGGCUCGCCAGCGGCUGAGCCAGGACACAUACCGCAGGAACAGCCGUCGCUACCUGCAGCAGAAGGGCAGCCGCCACCCCGAGCCCCGGAAGACCCCCGCCAAGUCCCCGCUGCAGGAGAGGAAAAACCAAGGAAACAUCCCUGAGCUGUCAGGCUCCAGCUCUGAAGGCGAGCUGAAGAAGCCCGUUCCCAUCAUCCCUCCCCGGCCCAGUCCCGAGCUCAUCCUGGAGCGCUGCACCGACAACACUCGUAAGAAAGUCAGCAUCCGCAAGUCCAGCUCCGGCUCCUCCAGCUAACUCCCCAGGGUGUUGCUCAUCUGCACAAUAAAGCUAAACAGCUAGCAUAGUUCUCUGUAUGCCUGUGGGCCCUGCCAACAAAAACAGGGAGUAGUUGCUCAGAUUUUAUUCUCUGGCAAGUAAAAGAUGCAUGGUCUGUGAGCCCUGCUGUUUAUUUGUUGAGCUCUACCUCGCUGUGUUGUUCUAGUAUACACAAGUAAAGUGCGGGCUAAAAUAAGUCUCAUUAAAGUGUCUCACCAAAGUAAGUUUAUAUUAAAAAAACAAACUGAGAAACACCAGAUGUGCUUCGCUGUGUGUGUG